AAUUUCCGCCCAGGUAGCGGAAACGACGUAAUUCACACUGCGUUUACUACCGGUGGCUACGCGCCAGUUGGAUAAGUAAAAUACAUGUAUAAAUGUAUUUAGCCAAAAAAAGAAACUGGAACUAAGUGAAGAUGGGGGAUUCGUCGGCAGCAUCGGGGACGUCACUGAUUCCAGGCGGGCGGGGGACUAAAGCAGCCUCCAGUCCUGCAGAGAACUACCACCUGGCUCGGCGGCGCACCCUGCAGGUUGUUGUCAGCGCCCUGCUCACUGAGAGCGGCUUCGAGAGCGCAGAGAAGGCCGCUGUGGAGACGCUAACAGAGAUGAUGCAGAGCUAUAUAACUGAAAUAGGUCGAUGUGCUAAAACAUACUGUGAACACACUGCAAGGAGCAUCCCAACAUUGUCAGAUACAGCGGUGACACUCAUUGAAAUGGGUUUCAAUGUGGACACCCUGCCUGUGUACGCCAAGCGAUCUCAGAGGAUGGUCAUAACUGCCCCUCCAGUGACGAAUGCACCGGUGACGCCUAAAUCUCUGUCUGCUGGACAGAAACGGACUCAUCCAUCUCACAUUCCCAGUCACUUCCCAGAGUUCCCUGACCCUCACACCUACAUCAAAACACCUACAUUUAGAGAGCCUGUGUCCGACUACCAAGUAGUAAGAGAAAAGGCAGCCACCCAGAGGAGAGAUGUGGAACGAGCCCUCACACGUUUCAUGGCCAAAACUGGAGAAACUCAAAGCCUCUUUAAAGACGACAUUUCUGCCUUUCCAUUGAUCGCUGCCCGGCCGAGCACAAUCCCAUAUCUUAGCGCUCUUCUUCCCUCAGAGCUGGAACUGCAGGCUCUGGAGGAGACGGACUCUUCCGAGCAGGACGACCAGACGGACAGCGAGAAUGCAUCAGGGAAUGUUACUGCUGACGAUCCGAGCGCUGACAAAGAGAACUCCAUGCUUCCUCCCAGCGGCGUUGUUCCAUCAGCUAAGGCCACCGAAGACAACGUGAUCGACAACCCUUAUCUCCGGCCCGUCAAGAAACCCAAAGUGAGGAGGAAGAAAUGAGUCGGAACCUAGCUCUCCUUAUGGACUCCUGUAUGUGUCGCCGGUUGGGGCUCUCAGCGGUUAGAUAGUUGCUCCUCAUGGAGGAACAACCCAGUGUUAAAUCCCGCUGUGAGAGCAGGUAUCAGCAGCUGAUUAAAACGUGUAAGCAACUACGCUGUGCCACAUGAUCCUACGGGAAUCCGGCCACUUUUUGUACAUAUGAAAAAAUAAGUUUCCUUUUUUUUUUUUUUAUUAUUAAGUCUUACAUUAUCUACUUGGUGAGAAUUUCUGCAGCUGUUUUUGUUGAUGUAAAGGUUCAGUUAAAAUUGGAUGACUCCA